AUGGAUAAGCUUAGGAGUUUAAAGAGGAAGUAUAUGGGUAAAGAGAAGCCUUCUUUCACCAAACCUCAUGAUCAGAAGUCUUAUAGAUUGUGCAAAUAUAUCUGGGGCCCUGAUAGCAUGGGUCUUGACUCUGCCAUUAAGUCCAACGGUGUAUCGAAAAAGAAGAAGAACUCUGUUAGGCAAGAACUCUCUUUUGCUUCUUCUCCCAAUGGUAAAGCUGUUGUUGAUGGAGGAGAUGUGGAGGAGAAAUAUGAUUGGUUUGAGAAGUCGUUUCUUGUUAGAGUGAUUACGGGUUUUGGUGUUGAUGAGCAUUAUGUGAAGCAGAGAUGGGGCUAG